GUUUGUUAGUUAUGCCUGAGCCAGCCAAGUCCGCUCCUGCCCCAAAAAAGGGCUCUAAAAAAGCGGUGACCAAGGCGCAGAAGAAGGAUGGCAAGAAGCGCAAGCGCAGCCGCAAGGAGAGCUACUCCGUGUACGUGUACAAGGUGCUGAAGCAGGUCCACCCGGACACCGGCAUCUCGUCCAAGGCCAUGGGCAUCAUGAACUCCUUCGUCAACGACAUCUUCGAGCGCAUCGCGGGCGAGGCGUCGCGCCUGGCGCAUUACAACAAGCGCUCGACCAUCACAUCCAGGGAGAUCCAGACGGCCGUGCGCCUGCUGCUGCCCGGGGAGCUGGCCAAACACGCGGUGUCCGAGGGCACCAAGGCCGUCACCAAGUACACCAGUUCUAAGUGA